UGUAAAGAAGGUAAAAAAACAAUCAUAAAUAGCCAGAACGUACCAUACAAUAUUCAAGGUGAACCUUGAAUCAUUCGUGAUGAAGCUCCUGUGACAAUGAAAAUCAUUCUGACCGGAAGUACCGGCUAUGUCGGUAAAGAAGUCCUCAAACAAUGUCUUUUGCAUCCCCAGCUAUCUUCUAUCAUUGCCUUGUCACGACGAGAACUCGACGUCACAAAUCCAAAACUUCGCGUCAUUAUACACUCCGACUUUUCGCAUUAUUCGCCUGAGAUUCUCGCCGAAGUGAGCAGCGCCGAUGCUUGUAUCUACUGUCUAGGUACAAAUGUGCCAGUCCGACCCGCAGAAUUGAAUCGCAAGAUCAACUUCGAGUUUGCCCUUGGUACGGCCAAUACCUUCUCAGCAGCAUUCAUCGCGAAUAAAGGACAGGAACAGAGAACAUUUAAGUUCGUCUAUCUCAGUGGCGCACUCACGGAGAAAGACGAGAAUAAGAAGCUGUGGUUUCUGAAUGAGAAUAGAAAGAUGAGAGGAGAACUGGAGAAUGCUCUUAUUAAACUCGGCCGUGACACCAAGAAAGGAGGGUUUGAGGUUUAUCUGGUUAGACCAGGCUUUGUUCAGCCUGAGGGUGCUUCGGUACGCAACUGGGUUGCUGGGAAACUGGCAAAUUCGAUUAUGGUGCAUCAUCUUGCCGCGUCCAUACUGCGAGUAGCGAGAGACGGUUAUCGCGAACCACUCAUAGAAAACGAUAAACUGAAUAGUUGGGGAAAGAUUGCCGUAGAUUCUGUUGCAACCCGCAAGCUGUGAAGGAUUGGCUCAUGAGUAGAAGACUGUAUCGGAUAGCAUAUCUUAGAAUAAAUAGAAAUAGUAGUUGACUUAUCUUGUAUGUUAUUUUUAUCUGCUUCAUGUUU